GGGAAUUAGCAGAUAUUCCUGUGCAAAACUCACUCCAAGUAUUUUCAAGACAGCAUUAAGUUUUACGGACAAAUAACACCAAGAUGAACAGGCUCCUACAGCUGCUGGCUCUGCUCGCCGCCACCUCUCUGUGUCUCUGCUACGAUUCUCAUGAAAGCUCAGAAUCCGUUGAAGAUUUAUUUGUGGCUCCCAGUCGUGCCAACUCAUUCAUCACUCCUCAGAGGGGGAUCACGUACCACCCAUCCCGAGGCAGCGCAUUCAACUUCUACAAUAUGAUGAGGAUAAAGUCCCCAGCAGAGCGCCGUGCCGAGACCUGCGAGGACUACAGCCCCUGCCGCUUUUACGCCUAUCGCUAUGGUUACCAGCAGGCCUACCAGCGCUUCUUCGCCUCCCGGGCCCAGACCCCUCAGAGAACAGCCCUCGCUCGCCGAUACUAAACACUUAAAGCACUCUCUUUAUCUGUCCACUUUUCUGGUUUCUGAUUCUGUCUUUCUUCAGAGCUAACAUUUACUGAGCAGAGGCUGACAACCCAUCAUUAUGCACCUGUAGCAACUCACGGUAUAUCUCUAUGUAAUCCCACUUCAUCCACUCCUACCCCUGUAUUUAAGAGCUUUAUAACACAAGCCUAUAUAAAUAUGUUUUGCUACUAAAUUUUUUUUUAAGGAACAUGACGUUUUUACU